GUGGAGCACUUCCGGCCGCCGCAAUGUCGCCCAGCGUGGCGGAGCUGCUGCUGCAGCGCCUGGAGCGGGAGGAGGCGCCCGGCGGCGGCCUCUGCAGCCUCGAGGCGGCCGCCGCGCUCGGCCUCGACCACCAGACGCUCGUGGGCGCCGUCAAGAGCCUUCAAGCGCUCGGGGAGGUGAUCGAAGCGGAGCCGCGCGCCGCCCGGCGGUGGGAGCUCAGCCCCGAGGGGAUCGCGGUGCUGCGGGACGGGAGCCCCGAGGUGCGGCUGUUCCGGAGCCUCCCGGAGGGGGGGGUGCCCCAACCCGAGGCCAUGAAGCUUCCGGGGGGCUCUGUAGGCUUCAACAAGGCCAUGGCCAACAAGUGGGUGCGAUUGGAGAAGGGGGGGCCCGGGGGGGCCCGAGUCCUGCGCGCUGUGCCCGAGGUGCAGGACGGGGUGCAGCAGAGCCUGCAGCGGGUGCAGCGCGGCGAGGCCGAGGCGCUGCCCGAGCGCGAGCGCAGCGAGCUCAAACGCAGGAAACUGCUGCUCGAAGUCACCCUCAAAUCUUACUGGAUCCGCAAGGGCAGCGCUUUCAGCACAGCCGUGACACGCGCCGAGACCGAACUGACGCCGGAGAUGAUCGCGACGGGUUCGUGGCGCGAUCUCGCAUUCAAGCCAUACAAUUUCCAGGCGCGGGGGCUGCCCCCCCCCUGCGGGCGCCUGCACCCCCUGUUGCGCGUGCGGACCCUGCUGCGGGGCGCCUUCCUCGAGAUGGGAUUCACGGAGAUGCCGACCGACCGCUUCGUGGAGAGCUCCUUCUGGAAUUUCGACGCUCUCUUCCAGCCGCAGCAGCACCCGGCGCGGGACCAGCACGACACCUUCUUCCUGCAGGACCCUGCCGAGGCCCCGGUGUUGCCGGCCGGCUACACGGCCAAGGUGAAGAAGGUCCACUCGCAGGGCGGUUACGGCUCACAGGGGUACAAAUACGAGUGGCGGCUGGAGGAGGCGCGGAAGAACCUGCUGCGCACCCACACCACGGCUGCCAGCGCCCGGGCGCUCUACCAGCUGGCCAAGCAGGAGAAGUUCUCCCCCGUCAAAUACUUCUCCAUCGACCGCGUGUUCCGAAAUGAGAGCCUGGACGCAACGCACUUGGCAGAGUUUCAUCAGGUGGAAGGGGUGGUGGCCGACCGGGGGCUCACGUUGGGCCACCUCAUGGGGACCCUCCGCCAGUUCUUCACCAAACUGGGCCUCACGCGGCUGCGGUUCAAGCCAGCGUACAACCCCUACACCGAGCCCAGCAUGGAGGUGUUCAGCUACCACGAAGGCUUGAAGAAAUGGGUGGAAGUGGGGAAUUCAGGCAUUUUCCGCCCGGAGCUGCUGCUGCCCAUGGGGCUCCCCGAGAACGUCACCGUCAUCGCGUGGGGGCUCUCGCUGGAGCGCCCCACCAUGAUCAAAUACGGCAUCAACAACAUCCGCGAGCUGGUGGGGCACCGCGUCGACCUCCAGAUGGUCUAUGACAGCCCCCUCUGCCGCCUCGAUGCAUAGGCUGCUCUGGGGGACCCCAAAGAGCCCUGGGGGCUGGGGGGGUCCCCAAAAGAGACUCUGAGCCUUGGGGGGGAGGCUAGUAACCCCCCCCCCAGUGCCCAAGGCCCCCCAAUAAAGCCCCUUUGCUCAAGUGGUGC